ACACUGACUCUUUAUUAUUUUAUGUCUUCUAAUACAAGUCUUUCUCAUCAUAUACUUCUCGUCGCUAAUCGUGGUGAAAUAGCCAUUCGUAUCCUAACAGCUGCUACUGAACUGGGAUUACAAACUGUAGCCCUUUAUGCAGACCAACAAGAUACUACUCAUUGUACCUUUGCCAAUCAUUCAGUCAAACUUCCUUCUUUGAAUUCUUUUUUAAAUGAACAACAUAUUAUACAAGCUGCAAAGAGUGUACAAGCAACAAUGAUACAUCCUGGUUAUGGAUUUUUAUCUGAAUCUGUUUCCUUUGCUAAAGCAUGUUUACAAGAAAAUAUACGGUUUAUCGGUCCUUCUCCAGUCUGUAUUGAAUCUGUAGGUGACAAGAUAUCAGCACGUCAAGUGGCUCAUGCUGCUAGAGUUCCUGUGGUACCUGGAACUGAACAACCUAUCUCUCAAGUAUCACAAGUUCUUUCAUUUGGUGAACAAUAUGGUUAUCCUCUUAUGUUGAAGGCUCGUGAUGGUGGUGGUGGUCGUGGUAUACGGAUGGUAGAUCAUCCAGAUCAAAUAGAAGAAGCUUUGAAACGCUGUAUCAAUGAAUCUCCAUCAAAACAAGUCUAUAUCGAAAAAGCAAUUGUUGGUGCCAAACAUAUCGAAGUACAAAUUAUUGGUGAUGGUUAUGGAAAUGUGUUACAUUUAUUUGAUCGGGAUUGCUCCAUCCAGCGACGAUAUCAAAAAGUGUUAGAGGUUGCUCCUUGUCCUUGUUUAUCUCCUUCUCUACGAACAUCUAUCCAUAACGCUGCUAUUCAAAUUGCACGAUACAUCCAAUAUGAUUCUGCUGGUACAAUUGAGUUUCUGGUCUCCAAUCAUGAUGAUGACAACAAAAAACAAUUUUAUUUUUUGGAAGUAAAUCCUCGUAUCCAAGUGGAACACACCAUUAGUGAACAAAUCACCAAUGUCGAUAUUGUACAAACUCAAAUAUUAGUCGCCAUUGGGAAGAAUCUGGUCACAGAUCUACGACUGACUCAAGCUUCUCUUCAACCUUUACGAAAUCUGGUUUCUAUUCAAGCACGUAUCGUGGCUGAAAAUCCCAUGAAGAAUAAUAUGCUUUCUGUUGGCAAAAUAACAAAUGUUUCGUUCCCUAAUGGAAGUUAUGGUGUUCGUGUUGAUACUUGGAUUCGUCCUGGUUGUGUUGUUUUGCCUACCUUUGAUUCCUUGCUGGCGAAAAUCAUUGUUACUGGCUCUUCUUUAGACGAUGCUCUGUCAAAGAUGUCACUUGCUCUUCAACGUACAAUUAUCACAGGUAUAGAUACCAAUCUGGAUUUCCUUACUGCUCUUGUCAAUGAUCGUGAAUAUCUUGGACAAGAUUUACGAAACACUCAUAUCAAGUCUUUAGAAGAGAGAUCACCGGUUUUAUUACAAUCAACCCUUACUUGGAUGGAGCAUCGACAGUCAGCAACGUUAAGACCUUCAUCAGUGAUGGGAAGUGACAAUCUGACUUCUGCAACAUUGGCAUCAUCAAAUAGCGGAUCAUUACAAUUCAAACCUGGUGACUCUUUUAAUGUUGAAAUCAAUGAUCAUUCAUCAUCAUCAUCUUCGGUAACACAUACAUUCAAAUUGGAUACAAUUCAGGUCAACAACUUUCCCGAUGAAAUGGUAGCACAUGUUCAAUCGACCUUACCAACAUUACCUAAUCCUUUUGCAAUGACAUUGAAAAGAAAGACAGCACUUGGAUCAGGUUUACGGCGCAAGACAAGUACUCAAGUACCAGGCGAGGUGGGCACUCCAAUCACUGGGAUGAUGGUGGAAAUCAAUGUACAAGAAGGAGAUGUUGUCUCCAUUGGUCAAGAGUUAUUCGUCAUGAGUGCAAUGAAGAUGGAAACCGUCAUCAAAUCUCCUAUUCAUGGUCGUGUUCAAGCUAUAUUUGCCAAGGCUGGCGAACUAGUAGAAAAUGGUGAUCUCGUAGUGGAACUCUUUGAAAAAAAGGAAAGCAAGAUGUGAUAUCCCUCUUCCCUCCUUGUAUUAUUAUUAUUAUUAUUAUUAGAUGAUUAUUUUGAUUAGAUCAAUUUUUACAUUUAACCAAAUAGUAAUAAAAAAGAAAUAUGCA